AGGAGAAACAGAGAGCGAGUAUAAUUUCACUAAAAGCUGAUAUUAUAGUACAUUUUAUCACUAGUUUAGCCGCUGACAUCUUGUUUAUAUAUAAAAACCGUACAUUGUAUGACCUAAUUCAUCUUUUAAUUUAGUUUUUUUAAACACACUUUAAGCCGGGUACACACAUUAAACAAAACAUCAUAUCCGUAACACGAUCGUAUCAUGUUUGCGUAACAUGUGUGGACGAUACAUCGUAACUUCGUACAUUUUGUAGGACGCAAAAAAUCCCAGAUAUUGUAAUAAAAUAAGAAUAAAUGAUACUCAUUGGCACUCACUUUAAGCAGUUUCAUAUUUCUGUAGAUAAGUGCGAAAUAAAAAUAAUUUCACUGUUAACGGUACCCACGCGAGAGAUAGCUAAAAUUAAGAAGAGUCAAGGUACGGCCACAGAUGCCUAAAACAUCGCAAGAAUGGAAAGCAAUAGCUCUCGAGUUUAAUAAAAAAUGGAACUUUCCCCACUGCUUGGGCGCCUUGGAUGGGAAACAUAUAGUUAUCCAGUCUCCUAUGAAUAGUGCAUCUGAAUUUUAUAAUUAUAAACACAAUUUUAGUAUAGUUUUAAUGGCCUUAGUAGAUGCUAAUUACUGCUUUACAUUUGCUGACAUCGGGUGCCAAGGACGAAUUAGUGACAGCGGUGUUUUCAGAAAUACGAUUUUAUUUAAGAAAUUAGACGCAGGAAACCUAAUGAUUCCCGAAGAUGAGCCACUGCCUAUGACAGAUAUACCCAUUCCAUAUGUAUUUGUUGCAGAUGAUGCGUUUGCAUUAGGACCUCAUUUAAUGAAACCAUUUGCAGGAAUUUAUGAAAAAAGCACCAAAGAAAGAAUUUUAAAUUAUCGUUUGUCGCGAGCUAGGCGAAUAGUUGAAAACGUUUUUGGGAUAAUGGCAGCGAUAUUUAGAAUUUUUAGAAAACCAAUGCAACUCGAACCCGAAAAAGCUUCAAAAAUAGUUUUGACUUGUGUUUUGUUACAGAAUUUUUUAAGAAGAAGCAGAUCCUCCACACACGUAUAUACUCCACCAGGAACUUUUGAUACGGAAAAGGAUGGACAUACUGUUCCAAGAUCAUGGAGGCAAGACCAAAGGCUGGAUUAAUCUUUUUUGUCACUUAAAAAAAUACCAAGAAAAGCUGGCCGCCAAGCGCAAGACAUACGAAAUUCAUUUUCUGAUUAUUUUAGGAGUGUUGGAAAAAUACCAUGGCAAGACAAUUAUUCAUAAACAUAAAUAAAAAAAUCUACUUA